AUGAAUUCAUUCGAAAAUCACGGCGUGCCGGGGUUCUCAUACACCGUCGUGGACUCACCGCGGCAGCCGGUAACCCAAGAUACGAAUGAUCCGGUGCCGGACUUGGCGGCGGCGUUGAGGGCUGUGGAGAAAGUCCUGCAGUACAAGUUCGGGCGGGUGGAGCUCCUGGAAGAGGCGCUGACCCAUUCUUCUUACACUGAUUCAGCUUGUUACGAGCGGCUUGAGUUCAUCGGCGACUCUGCCCUCGGCUUAGCCGUCUCCAAUUACGUCUUCUUGACUUACCCCAAUCUCGACCAAGGUCAACUCUCCCUUCUCCGAGCUGCUAACAUCAGCACCGAGAAGCUGGCUCGCGCCGCCGUCAAACACGGCCUUCACAGAUACAUCCGUCAUAAUGCCGCCCCACUUCACGAAAAAGUGAGGGAUUUUGCAUUGGCAGUGGAGGAAGAAGGUGAAACUGAAGUGUACGGAGGUGAGAUUAGAGCGCCAAAGAUUCUUGCAGAUAUUGUGGAGUCAGUGGCUGCUGCUGUAUAUGUUGAUUGUGGGUUUGAUUUAAAGGCUUCCUGGCCGAUAUUUGAACGUCUUUUGGAACCUUUGGUCACUCUUGAUGUGCUGCAACGACAGCCGCAGCCUGUGACUAUGUUGUUUGAAUUAUGUCAAAAAGAGAGGAAGCAAGUUAAUAUAACGUACUCGAAGGAAGGGGGAUACAAUUUUGCGUAUGUUUUCGUGGAUGGUGAACUUAUUGGCUCUGCUUCUGCUAAGCAGAAGGAAAAUGCAAAGCUUCAUGCCGCAAAGGAUGCUCUACAGAAGUUAUCUUACAACAAUGGUUGCAAAGUUAUCAAUGUAGACUACUAUAGUGAACUCAACGACUCUAGUGAGAUUGACGGUGCAAAGCAUAAACUUCAUGAGAUCUGUGGCAAGAAGAAAUGGCCGAAGCCAAUCUACAGAACUGAGGAAGAAAAAGGUCCUGCACAUGAUAAGAGAUAUAUAUGCUCAGUGCGAGUGGAGACUGCAACAACACAGCUGUCUGCAAAAGGAGAAGAAAGAUCUCGAAUAAGGGAUGCUGAAAACUCUGCAGCUACAACUAUCAUACUAGGUCUUCAACAAUCCAAUAAGGUAAGGGAUAAAGCUCAGAGGGCAAUUUUUGUCGAUGUGCGUUGCCCAGUAGAAGGGUGCGAGGAAAACUGGCAACCAAAAAUACUGAGGAAUUUUCUUGAUGACGAAGUCAGAAAAAUCUGGGAAAUCAAUCAUGAGUUCUGGAAUUCAGAAGAUGCUCAAGUUGCUGGUUCUGGUGAAUCUUCCGAUUUGGACAAAAAGUUUGACGCUAAGAACCCAACAGGACAUCAAGAUGGUAAUUAA